UUAGAUAGAUUCACAAAUAUAUUUCAGCCGUAUGAUCACAUUACUCUAUUCGCAUCUCAACAGCCUUUUCCCCGCAUUUGAAUGUGAUUUAGUUCUCUCUGCGAUUUCUGGAUUUGGUUGAUGUGUGAUCGAUUUGAAUCUUCGCGUUUUUGAUUCUAGGGUUUCCUUUGGAUCACAUCCCUGGCCAUUCGUCGAUUGAUCAUUCAAAGCUUUUGGAAGGCUUUAGGGUUUCUGGGUUGGCAGAUCCGUGUUCAGUUUGGUUCCUGAGGAACCAUUUCUUCAACAAUUCAACAUGUUUUGGCGUAUGACUGGGUUGUCCACAGCAUCUCCUGUGGAGACGCUUUUGGAUAAAGACAAUUUCACUUUAGAAGAAUUGCUUGAUGAGGAUGAGAUUAUCCAAGAAUGCAAAGCUUUGAAUAGUCGCCUUAUAAAUUUUUUGCGUGGAAGAGCACAGGUCGAGAAGUUAUUACGAUACAUUGUUGAAGAGGCUCCUGAGGAUGCUGAAAAGAAGCGAACUUUCAAGUUUCCUUUUAUAGCUUGUGAGAUUUUUACAUGUGAAGUUGACAUCAUACUCAAAACUCUUGUAGAGGAAGAGGAAUUAAUGAAUUUGUUGUUCUCCUUUUUGGAUCCAAAGCCAUCCCAUAGUAACCUGCUGGCUGGGUAUUUUAGCAAGGUUGUUGGAUGUCUGUUAUUACGCAAGACAGUUCCUUUCAUGCAAUAUUUACACGCACACCAAGAUAUUGUAAAGAAGCUGGUUGACUUGAUUGGAAUUACAUCUAUCAUGGAGGUUUUGAUACGCUUGAUUGGUGCUGAUGAGCAUAUGUAUGUAAAUCAUGUGGAUGCAAUGCAAUGGAUUGAAGACACUGACGUGCUUGAGAUGAUUGUGGACAAGUUCAGUUCUUCAGAUUCUCCAGAAGUGCAUGCUAAUGCAGCUGAAACACUCUGUGCCAUAACAAGAUUUGCUCCACCUGGGUUUUCUUCUAAAGUCUGCAGCCCUAGUUUUAUUGGGAGAUUGUUUCAACAUGCUUUAGAAGACUCUCGGCCAAAGUCUGUUCUUGUUAAUUCUCUUUCCAUAUGCAUUUCUUUGUUGGACCCCAAGAGGCAUACUUUUGGGGGAUAUCAUUCAUACAACCGCCAAAUGUCCAAUGGACCCACAGUAACUGCAAAUCCUGAGGCUGUUGAAGGCAUGUUAGAAAGCCUAGGUGGUUUACUCGAGCUUUUAGACAUUUCUCCUUCAGAAAGUCUCUUGGUAACUACUUAUGGCAAGUUACAGCCACCUCUUGGGAAGCAUCGGUUAAAGAUUGUAGAGUUUAUAUCAGUCUUACUGAGUGUUGGUGGUGAAACUGCUGAGAAGAAAUUGAUUCAUCUUGGAGCAGUGCAAAAAAUUCUUGACUUGUUCUUUGCGUACCCGUAUAAUAACUUUCUGCAUCACCAUGGAGAGAGCAUAAUAAUAUCAAGCUUGGAGAGCAAGAAUUUUGCUCUUAUUGAACAUGUUCUUCGUGAGUGUGAUAUUGUUGGGAAAAUACUGAAUGCAGAGAAGCAUUUCACGUUGGAAGCUGAUACAAAUAAGCAGCCAACAAUACCUACAGAGGGUAAACCACCACCCAGGAUCGGAAGUAUUGGGCAUUUAACCCGUAUAUCUAACAAACUUGUCCAGGUUGGGAAGGGCAACAGUGAGAUUCAGGCACAUCUGCAGGAAAAUAGUGAAUGGACAGAUUGGUACAUGAAUGUUCUAACAAAGCGAAAUGCUAUAGAAAAUGUCUAUCAAUGGGCAUGUGGGAGACCAACAUCAUUGCAUGACAGGACUAGGGAUAGUGAUGAGGAUGACUAUCAGGACCGGGACUAUGAUGUUGCGGCAUUAGCAAAUAACUUAAGCCAGGCUUUCCGUUAUGGCAUUUAUAAUAAUGAAGACAUUGAAGAGGUUUUUUUCCCCACAAGGGCUCAUGGCUCUCUUGAACGAGAUGAUGAGGAUGUUUAUUUUGAUGAUGAAUCUGCUGAAGUUGUUAUAUCAUCUUUGCGGUUGGGGGAUGACCAUGAAAGCGGGUCUCUCUUUACAAAUUCCAACUGGUUUGCUUUUGAGGAAGAUGGAGUUGCCAAUGAGCGAUCAACUGGUUCCCUUGCUUCUCCCUCGCCUAAUGCUGAGGAGACUGGAGUUAUCAGUGGCAGUGGAGACGAUAAUGUUAUUGUUGGUGAUGAUGAGGAUUUGGUUGACACUGCAACAUCAUCUCCAGAACCGGGACCUAAAUCAGAACCUGUUGAAACUGACAAACCACUUGAAUGGGUGGAAUGGAGAGAAUCUUCAGAUGCCAAUGUCUCUGCUGAGCUUCCCAAUGGAGAACUUAAGGACCAAUCAGGCAAUGAUGUUUCUAGUCCAGCUGAAACAUCUCCGUCAUCCAGUGCUGCAUCAACAAAGGAUGUGACAGCUGAACCAUUAGCAUCACCCAAUGAGAACUCGAGCAAGGAAAUCUUCCUGCCUGCAGAAACAGAAAUUGGAACUAACAGUUCACCCGCACCUAUGGAUGUGGAAGUAACCAAAGUUGAGGGAGACAGUAACAAGGAUGCUAAAGAUGACAAAGGGGUUGAAAAAACGAAUUGCUAAUGUAAAUUCUUGAAUGAAUCAUCAUGGGGGUCUAACUGGGCAAACAUUAACAGAGGUGGGGAGAUGAAAUCUGGAGUUUGAAUUGGCAACAGUAUUUAGAACCUCUGAACAUCGAUGGAGCUUUACCUCAGCAGGAAUAUUGAUUCUUUUAUACCCACCAGCAAAUCGAGGCUCGCGCGUCAUUUGAAGCAUGAACUUUGGUGUUCCAUGAGUCUUUUAGCUCAUGCGGUUAGGUGCUACUGAAUUUUUCACGUGUCUAUAUCAAUAUUUAGCUUGUCCCAUUAGGACGCAACCGAAUUUUUCACCUUCUUUUUCGUGGAUAACUGUUAAUAUAAUUAUGUUUUAAAACAGAGUUCAGCUAUGAAAAUGAGUUCCUUGGCUGAAAAGUUUCAUAAACUCAUUCAAGGGGAUCUGAUUUUCGUGAAAA